AAUAAUAGGUUGAAUAAGUAUUUAUUGAAAAAUAUUUUCAAAAAGAAGCCUAGCGGCAUAAUUUUAGGGACAACGGUUGGAAUUCUUUUUCAUGCACGACAUAUGUAUGUACAUAUGUACAUAUGUAUAUGUAUGCAUGUGUGUUUUCAUGAUUGUGCAUGCGAGAACAAUCGGAAGAAAAUAUUUUAAGUGAAUCGAAUGCAAAAAAUUACUGGCUUGUGUCCCUUUUAGUCUAAAAUGGGCCGUCGUCGAACUCGUAAGACGUCGUCGACUUCGUCUGAAAGCAAUGAAUUUAGAUCGCCGCCUCCGAAAAGGAAGAAACGACGAAAACCGGCAGAACAACAUGAUAAAGCUUGGUCGCCAACUCCAGAAACUUCCUUGCCACAUACUAUUAAAGAUAGCCUUUCGGAACGCUGCGGUAAGGUGGCAUCGAUGCGCCUACAAAAUUUUAUGUGCCACGAGAACUUGCUGAUUGAGUUUGGUCCCAAUAUCAAUUUCCUUGUGGGCAGCAAUGGCAGUGGCAAAAGUGCCGUCCUCACAGCCCUCGUCCUUGGCCUGGGCAGCUCCGCUCGUGCCACGCAUCGUGCCAGCAGCAUUCAAAAACUUAUAAAGAAUGGAGAAACGAGUGCCACCAUUGAGGUGACGCUUUGCAAUUCAGGACUGCGUCCUUAUAGACCCGAAUUCUAUGGCCCUCGUGUAACAAUUGUGCGUCAAAUACGUUUGUCCUCUUCUAAUUACCAAGUGAAGGAUGCGCGUGGCAAUAUUGUGUCCAGAAAACUGGAUGAUAUACGUCGCAUUUUGGUGUUUUUCGGCAUUCAGGUGGAUAAUCCUAUAUUCGUGCUUAAUCAGGAUACGGCACGGCAAUUCCUGAAGGAUUUGGAUCCAGCAACGAAUUACGCGUUGGUGAUGAAAGGCACACAGCUAGAUUUGUGCUGCAAUAGCUUGAAUCAGAUCUAUGAGAAACGCAUAAACCUGACUUUUGAAAUUGAACUUCUAAAAGAUCGCAAGGAGCAGACAGAAAUGCUAGUUAAUGAGGAGGAGGAGAAAUUGAAAAUGCUUCAAAACAAAGAGUCCAUAAAGGCACUCUUGGGUCAGUCCAAAUUAGAAUUGGCAUGGCUUGCCGUUAAGCAGCAUGAGAAGGAAUUGACUGGCUGUUUGACCAAGAUAAAAGCCAUUGAAGUGAAGAAAGCCGAACUGAUCGAAUCCACCUCCAAAAAGGAAUGUAAACAACAAGCCUUCUCUCAGCAAUUGAGCAAAUUGGAAGAAACAAAGGCACAAAUUUUAGAAUUGUAUGGCCAACAAGAACGUACAAUAAAGAAUGCCAAGCUACGAGUGCAGGAAAUCAACGAAAGAGUCUGUGAAAUUAAUAUAAAUAUUAAGAAUGCUGAACGUCGAUUGCAGGAGGAUCAAAAGCUCUUGGACAGCUGUCAGAAGCAUUUAGAGAACUAUAAUGUGGACUACGCGAAAAAUAAACGCCUGAAGGAGAAUCAUUCGGCCAAGUUGGCGGCAUUAAACAAAAGUAUGAAGGCGAAUGAGGAAACAAUUCGUCAAUUACGUAAGGAACAGGAGGAGCUCACAAAUAAAGCUUUUGAAGCACAAGAGCAGGCUGAACAUUCCAGGAAUGAAGUCAGAAGACUUGAAAAGAAAGAUAUUCAUCUGAGGGCUGAAAUUCAUUCGUUGAACACCAACAAAUCGAAUAAAACAUGUGUGUUUGGACAGCAGGCGAUGCAGGCACACGAUUUUAUACGUCGAGAAUUUAAUAGCGAUGACCAUAUUAAUUUGCCACGUGGACCAAUUGCCAAAUAUAUAUCCGUGCCGAAUCCACAGUACCGCGACUUAAUUGAGCAUGAAUUAACGCAUUCGUUGCGCUCCUUCAUUGUGAAUUCGGACGAAGAUCGUCGUAAGCUGAGAAGUAUAUUUGAGAGAGUCUACACUACGGGCCAUCUACCCUCAAUAAUUUCCAGCCCGUUUUCGGAUCACGUCUACGAUGUCUCGCCCUAUAAAGUUAAGAAAAUUGAAAACACUUCGGUACUCAUUGACGAAAUCAAAUGUGACGAUCCCAUUGUGAUGAACUUUUUAAUCGACUGGUGUAGAAUUGAAACUGUUUUAAUUACCGAAUCAAAAGAAACUGCUGAGUACCUGACCUCAGACUCCGAAAAUGUCCCUCCAAACCUUACGCGAGUAUUGGUUCCCAAUCUAUAUCUUGAAUACAUACCCGCUCCGCAUUAUUCCAUGUAUUCGCUAAAUCUAUUAUCGGCCCGACUUUUGCAAGUAGACAUAAAUGAUCGCAUUAGGCUGCUUGAGAAGGACACUGUAGAUGUGAAAAGAAGUCUACUAAACGCACAAAUAGUAUUUCAAAAAACAAACGGUCUCACGAUUAACUUUAAGAAAGAAAUCAAAGCUAAAGCACCAGUCAUAGAGCAGCUUUCCAACGAAAAUAUAAAAGCCUUGGAGGAAAUUAUGGAAAUCGAGCAAUACGAAUACGAAGAGUUACCUGAGCAAGAUCAUUUGCAAAAAACUAUGGAUAGUAUUAGAGCAAAAAUGUCAGAAACCGAAAGACAACAUAGACUGCUGCUGGCAGAUCUAAGCGAAAUUAAUGAGCAAAAGGCUCAAGCCGAAAAACAAGAGGCUGAGGAGCGUGCCAAAAUUAUUCCAAUUCAGGAAAAUAUUGAAUCGAUUGAAAAAGAAUAUCUGGAUAUUGAGAGUAAAAUACGAAGUCUAGAUACACAUUAUGAGGCUAAUUUUGUUAAACUAAACAAAACCAUCGAGCUGCACGAAAAUUUUCUCAAACAGAAGGCCGACGUGGAGCGGGACCUGAAAGAGGCACGCGAUAAGGCGCAGAAAAGGGGCGAUUGUUGCGAAAUCGAAAACACUGAACAGGAAAUACGUGACAAAAUCUGUCACUAUAAAGCAAAGAUAAAACAAUUUGAAAACUAUAAUGGUAGCGUCGAAAAAGUUCAGCAAAAACUGAACCAAUUACGAACCAAACUUCAGUCCCAAACUGAGAACUUACAACUUGCUAGAGAGGCAGCGAAAAAAUUACGCAUAUCCUAUCACCAAAGAGCCCAGCGUUACCAAAGAUGCCGAUUCCAUUUUUUUUCAAUGGUUGACUUCCAGUUUCAGCAAGCGUUGAGUCUGCGCGAAUUUAAAUCAAAUGUCAUAAUUGAUCACGGCGCCAAUACAAUGCAAAUAGAUGUAGAACCUCCGAGUGGAAACAAAACAUCCAACUCCAAGACUCUGUCGGGUGGGGAGCGAUCGUUUACUACAGUGUCGCUCUUGAAGGGUCUCUGGAGCACAUCGGAUCAUCCGUUUUACUUUUUGGAUGAGUAUGACGUUUUCACGGAUGAGAUAAAUAGAAGUUUUAUAACACAAAUUCUGAUUGAUGAAGGAAAUGAUUAUCAGAACAGACAAUUCUGCUUCCUAACUCCACAGGAUACUGAAGUGGCGGCCAGUCCUCUCAUCAAGGUCCACAAGUUGGAGCCCCCAGUGGUUUAAAAAAAUUCUUUAAUUACCAAAAAAAAACCUAAUACUUUUGUAUUAGAAAGAGAAAUGCUUUUUUAAUUUUUUUAAUAGAUUAAUAAAUUUUAAAAAUA